CCUCUGGCUUGACGCGCACACACACUCUGUACGCACGCAGCCGCCGCACACACACACACACAUACUGAGGGUGACUUUGUAUAGGCAGCCAGCAAAGAGAGAGAGAGAGAGAGCUCCGAGAAACAGAAAGGUACACAGAGAAGAGAGUGGACCACAGAAAGUGAGAGAAGGAGAAGGAGGACGGUGGCUCCUGAGCAUCUCCCGCGCACCUUUUCAUUCCUGCACGUCCACGGAUCUUAAACAUCGUCAUUUUACUUUAACUUCCUCCAGAGAGUUUAAAACUUUUGCAAAGAGGCUUUUUUUUUUUUAAAUUUUUUUGCUGGACUUCAGAGAGACGAGAUUUCUGGAAGAUUUUUGUUCAUCCCCCUCCAACCAAAACCCAAACUUUCCAUCCCUCGGGAAGUUUUAAAAAAGUAAAGUAAAGCCCUUGUUAGUUCCAGGACUCGGCUUCACUUUUUCCACGUGUCCCACGGUGGCCCAGCUUUUGACAUAAACGUGUCACCUUGAGAUUUUUAACUUGCCAUCAAGUCUCAGACAUUUUGCCCCCAAACUUCAUUUUAGGUCAGUGAUCCACAAACGAGACCAAAAUGAGAUUUCAAAAAUCAGAAGAGUGUGAUUCUUCUUCUAGAUGUUUGAAUCAUUAAAACAAAGUGAGUUUUAAUGCUUUUAUUUUUACACUUUGACGCUGAGCUGUGAUAUUAAAGACACCGGGGAUCCAGGAGCGCAGCUCACCUGCAGCAUCUUCUCCACUCAAACUUUUUGGCACUUUUUUACGCCCAGAAAAUCCACUUUGUGACUUUUACAGAUACAGAUCUCAUCGAUCUGACAGAAAACAUCGCAUUCCACACAGUUCAUUCAUUCUAGAAACUGCUCCUCCAGAGCGUUUUGGAGUGCGUAAAAGGAGAGCGCGUGUUUUUACGCAAAAAAAUCCAAGCCUUUUAAAUUUCAUAAUCACUCCCUGGAUCCACAUCAAUAUUUUUGUCACAAAUAUAAAACUUUGUGAACUGUCGUCUGAUUCCUGAAAGCUGUCCAGAGACACUGCCGGACUCUCCAUCACCAUGGUGUUCGACAGCUUCGACCUCGUCUCGGCUCUGGCCACUCUGGCCGUCUGCCUGGUGUCCAUGGUCCUGCUCCUCGCCGUGUCCCAGCAGCUGUGGCAGCUCAGAUGGACGUCCACGCGGGAUAGAAAUUGCAAACUGCCCAUGCCAAAAGGAUCCAUGGGGUUCCCCUUCAUCGGCGAGACGUGCCACUGGCUCCUGCAGGGUUCAGGCUUUCACUCCUCACGGAGACAGAAGUAUGGCAACGUGUUCAAGACCCAUCUCCUGGGUCGCCCUCUGAUCCGGGUGACGGGCUCCGAGAACGUCCGCAAGGUUCUGAUGGGCGAACACACGCUGGUGACGGUGGACUGGCCCAAGAGCACUUCCACGCUGCUGGGACCCAACUCGCUGGCCAACAGCAUCGGAGACAUCCACCGGAAAAGGAGGAAGGUCUUUGCCAAAGUGUUCAGCCACGAGGCCUUGGAAUCCUACCUUCCCAAAAUCCAGCAGGUCAUCCAGGAGAGCCUCCGAGUUUGGAGCUCGAACCCUGAGCCCAUCAAUGUCUACAGGGAGAGCCAGAGGCUGUCGUUCACCAUGGCGGUGAGGGUGCUGCUGGGGUUCAGGGUGUCAGAGGACGAGAUGCGGCACCUGUUCUCCACCUUCCAGGUCUUUGUUGACAACCUGUUCAGUCUGCCCAUAGACCUGCCCUUCAGCGGCUACAGGAAGGGCAUCCGCGCCAGAGACAUCCUGCAGAAAGGCAUCGAGAAGGCCAUCCGGGAGAAGCCGCUGUGCUCCCAGGGCAAAGACUACAGCGACGCGCUGGACGUGCUGAUGGAGAGCGCCAAGGAGAACGGCACGGAGCUCAGCAUGCAGGAGCUGAAGGAAGCCACCAUAGAGGUGAUCUUUGCCGCCUUCGCCACCACUGCCAGCGCCAGCACGUCCCUCAUCACGCAGCUCCUCCGUCACCCUCAGGUCCUGGAGCGCCUGAGGGAGGAGCUCAGGGCCCGAGGACUCCUUCACAACGGCUGCCUUUGCCCCGAGUCAGAGCUGCGGCUGGACACCAUCAUCAGCCUCAAGUACCUUGACUGUGUCAUCAAGGAGGUGCUGAGGCUGUUCACGCCUGUGUCGGGGGCCUACCGGACGGCCAUGCAGACCUUCGAACUUGACGGUGUCCAGAUUCCUAAGGGCUGGAGUGUGAUGUACAGCAUCCGGGACACCCAUGACACCGCUGCCGUCUUCAAGGAUGUGGACGCCUUCGAUCCAGACCGCUUCAGCCAGGAGCGCGGCGAGGACAAGGAGGGGAGGUUCCACUACCUGCCCUUUGGUGGCGGCGUCCGGUCCUGUCUGGGCAAGCAGCUCGCCACCCUCUUCCUCCGCACCCUGGCAAUAGAGCUGGCCAGCACCAGUCGCUUUGAGCUGGCCACUCGGCAGUUCCCCCGUGUGAUCAACGUGCCGGUGCUCCACCCGUCCGAUGGGCUGAAGGUCAAGUUUUACGGCUUGGACUCCAACCAGAAUGAAAUCAUGGCCAAGACAGAAGAGCUUCUGGGAGCAACGGUUUGAAGGGAGGGGAGCUGUGGCGAGAGGGGGAGGGGAGGGUAAGUGGCUCAUUGGGGAGCAGAUUGAAGGAAGGGGAAAAAAGAGGUUUUCUUCUCCACCUUUUUUUCUACUAAGUUGAAGGUUAAGUUUCAGACUUAAAGAAAAGCAGAUAUCUUCAUCUCUUCAGCUAAUGAUGAUCAGGAUUUUUCUCUGAAAAAGAAAGAAUCUGCCAAAAAUUCUUAAAUAUGCUCUAUGCUGUGUAUUUUUAAAGAAAUCAACAAACAUGUAUGUACAAAAAAGCUAUGUAAUAUAAUUUGAGAGAGAAUGUGGAUAGUGCACGCCAGGGGAAUUAUGGGUAAAAUGUUGAACUGAAGUUGUGCUUAGAAGGAAGGUGAGAUGGAUGAAACAGGGUAUGGAUGAAGGAAUGAAAUUGUGCUUGUGCCUCAUCAAAACCAGUGAACCAUGUUAGAUGCCUUACAGGGUUACAGAUGGAUGCGUCAACAGUCAAGUUCAAAUUCAGUGGUUUUCUAUUAAACGUUGAGCUAGAAUACUGCCGUCCAGAUCCCAAACACACUGUGUGUAUUCUGAAAUCAGAAAUCAGUUUGAGUUAUUUAUUAGCCAGCAGAUCCAGUCAUAAACCCCGUGAUUAGCACAGAUCUCCAUGAUUUAAGGGGCAGGAGACAGAACACAUGCAACCGGUUCUAUGACCUUUGACCUAGCCAAAAUCACUAAACAGUUCAUUACAUUAAUCCUAGAAAGCUGCACUCUAGUCCAGAGAGAUGUUAAGAUAAAGAAGUUAAUUUAAACUUUUAGUUUAAAAAAAUCAUAUAGAAGAGACAAAACACAAGAAAAUGUUUUUCUAUCAGCGUUCAGUGGAAACCUUAGAUCAGUCCUUUUUUUCCUUGUUGGUGUAAGCUCAGGUGCAGAGUAGAUGUGAAUGACAACAUAACAUAAACUUAGCUUUUAACCAACUCCACAUUUUGUAUAAAAACAAACACUCACAGUUUUAGAGCUGAACCGACUGGUUUUUGUAAGUUGACAGUUAUAUUAUUUCUGGUUAUGCAAAAAAACAAAACAAUCAAACUGAAACAAAAAAGACAUGCGGUUGUUUCGAUACUGUUGCCCUCACUUUGGGUGAUAUUCAGGGUGGUGGAGAAUAAAAGAAACAUAAAUUAGCAUAACACAACAUAAGUGUAACAAACAGUUAAGUUCAGGUCUCCUGUGCUUGGAUUUCGAGUACACUUUGUAUUAGACGUGUACUCUCCUGGACAUUAUCUCUACCCUGCAAUGAGAAUACAACUUGCUCCCAUGAAUGAAAGGGACAAGGUGAAGGUGGCGAGUGGGAAACCUACACCAUGCUGCUUGAGUGUUACUUCUGUCAUUCUGUGUUGUUUGCGUACCACGUGUAUUUUCUGUCUGUCAUUAUUUGCAGAGGCUCAUGCUCCGUCUCACUGCUCCUCCAGUCAACGCUAAGAAUGCAAAACAAAUGAAUUCCAUGGUUUAAGCAACUUUAUUAGCUAAAAGAGAUUUAUUGUUUAAGGUGAUUGCACAAUCAGAACUCCAAGAGGUUUGUGUGGUCAAUUAGCAAAAAAGAGAUUUUUGUUUUGUUUAAUUUUAUGAAUUUUCCAUAUGGAAAGCUUCUAGUAUGGAACUCUGGGACUCGCUAGUUGAACUCUGGGACAAUUCUAGAAUCCUUGAACAGAGUUCCAAACAGAGGCAUGAGAGAGAGAGAAAGAGAGACACCAACACCGUUUCACAAGAUGGCAGGUUAAUAGAUUUUUUUUGACAGUGUAUUUGUCACACAGCAUUGUACACUCUGUCACCACACCACUGAUUUCUUCGAAGAAAAUUAUGACAAUAGAUGUUUUGCUGCUUUUCUUGUGUAGUUUUCUAAUUGAGAGUUCUAGAAUGAAAUAGUUUGUAUUGAACCAGAUUUGCUAUUUCUUUCAUAUGUAUACAUAUACUCUGGUUAACAUAUUUACAUAUUGUGAAACAAGCAGACCACAAAUAGGUUAUACUGCAUAUUAUCAGUAAGCCACCGGGAAAAUCGGCUAUUAACAUCUACUAAUAACCUAUAAUUAAUGUUAUUGUACAAUUAAUAUUGUUAUAAGAUAUUUGAAAUGCUAUUUUUAUUCUAUUACAGAUUUAGAGUUUUUAGCCUAAAUUACAAGUUCUUUGGUAAAUAUUGGAUGUAUUUAGAAUGUUGUUUUUCAUUUAUAUUGUAAACUGUGUCAAAAUGUUAAUAUUGUUGAUUUGAUUACUAUAAUAAUUAUUUGUUUGGUUAUUCAGACUUAUUAUCACAGCAUUUUAUUUGAUAUUAAUUAUGUAAACAGAAAGCACUUGUGAGCUACGUCUAUUUUAAGUGCCAUGUGACUACACUACCCUUCCCUUUCACCUGUUGUUUUCUCAGUAAUUGUCUUAUGUCAUUCUGUACAUAAAAUGUAUUAUUUCUUUUUACAAAAAGUAUGUUCCUUUAGUUUAAAUAUGAAUGUCUUGUUUACUUUCUUCCUUUUUUUGUUACAGUGAUCAUCAAAUGUACUCCUGUAAUAAACUAUAAAGUAAAAAUA